AUGUACAACAAUUUAGUUGAUGAAUGGCAAGUACAUGUUUUAUUAGCCCACUUAUUCUCGUUACCUUUUUCUACAGUGUGCCCAAUAGCAGGCUACGUCCGUUUUAACGGAGUUUGCUACAAGGACUUUCCUGAGCUGAAGACGUACGAUUCGGCUAGACAGACGUGUGCUGCGGACGGGGGACUGCUGGCCAUGCCGAAAAACAGCGCAAUCAACACCUUCAUUCACAACCUAACAGAAGCUGGACUACGCUGGAUCGGGCUGACUGACACCGACAACGAAGGGCAGUGGGUAUUUGCUGACGGUCAAACCCUUGAGUCUACCGGCUAUACCAACUGGUACCCCGAUGAGCCGAACAAUGUUAACGGGGGCGAACACUGUGCCGUGACCAAUUUUCGAUCCACCGAUGAAUGGAAUGAUGAACAGUGCAGAUUCCCCAUGGGAUUUAUUUGUCAGUUAGUAUGCAUAGAAGACAAAGCGACCUGCACUGCGUGGGGAGAUCCACACUUCAAGACGUUCGACGGAAGGAAAUACAAUUUCCAGGGUCCGUGCAGAUACACGUUCGCCGAACAAUGUGGAAACAGCAGCAGUGAUUUUACUGUUGAAGUACAACAAGUUCCAACAACGCAGAACCCAUCCGUUUCAAUUGUGCGCGAAGUGUACGUGAUGGCAUACGGAUACGAAAUAACGAUUGGCCAACGCAAAGUUGUGACAGUGACAGGACCGUCGACCAAUAACACUAUCCCCGCCACGCCCCCCUUCAGUCAAGCUAUGGGCAACAUCCAAGUCACCCUGAGCGGCAUUAAUGUCCGAGUAGAAUUGAUAGAAUUUUGCGUGGUGAUUCUCUACAAUGGAGUUAACAGAAUUGAGGUGACGAUUCCGGCUAACUACCGGAACAUGAUGUGUGGACUGUGCGGGAACUACAACGGUGUGGAGACCGAUGACUUUGAGAUGCCGAACGGAAACAUCGCCUCCAACGUAAACGAGUUCGGGGACAGCUGGGAGACCGACAACAAUACUUGCCAUGCCCGGCGCCGGAAACGUCAGACGUCGACCCAAGAACCGUGUGACCCAAUUCAUUCGGACCCGUGUAACGUGCACAAAGAUCCAAACGGCCCGUUUGCUGCUUGCCAUGACGUUGUGGAUCCUCAGAUUCACUUUGAAACAUGCGUCUUCGACGAGUGUGCAACGCAGGGCCAAGGAGUGUUUCUUUGUGCCAACUUAGGGGCAUACUAUCACUCCUGCAUCGGUGCCGGCGUGCCCCCUUUUACAUGGCGAACUUCAGAACUCUGUCCUCUGGAUUGCCCGGCAAACAGCAUGUACUCAUCAUGUGCAACCGCCUGCCCUGCGACCUGCGUGAACCCAAGGGCCUCAGACAGCUGCAACCUACCAUGUGUGGAAGACUCCGGAGUGCCGCUGGGUACCGCGGUGGGAGCGGCUGUUGGAGUUGCCGGGAUCAUGGUGCUUCUGAUCGUGGCCUUUGUUCUGGCAAAGAUACGGGCUGGCCUGGCGUCAGGGAAGAAGAAGCGUGAUGCUAACGCUGUCGGACUGGACAACUACGCAUACCAGAGUUGGGGAAAGAUGAGCAAGACUGGUAUUGCUGACACCAAAGCUUAG